AUGUCUGAUUUCUUAAAUGAAACCACUUCUGUGACUCCACUGCCUACAGACGAUAUUGUGUCAUGUGUGCGGAUUGGCAAAGUCAAACAACUGGGACCAGGGUCUGUGACUUCAGCCAUCGAGAAGUCACCAUGUGCGGGCAGGGUGUAUGUCACCGAUCAGGGUAUAACUGGCGAUGAACAGGCGUACGAACACCAUGGUGGGGUCGACAAAGCCUUGCAUCAAUACUGCUCUCGUCACUACGAGGCCUGGAAGCGAGAGGUUCCCGAGCGAGCACACUUGUUCAACAUGGGCGGAUACGGAGAGAAUAUUUCAGCACACACCUUCGAUGAAACCAAUACCUGCAUCGGCGAUAUCCUUGAGAUCGGCUCUGAUGGCGUUCUAGUCCAAGUCAGUGAGCCCCGACAGCCAUGUUUCAAGCUAAAUCGCCGCUUUGAGUUCGCGCAAGCUUCAAUCCGAACGCAAACAACCGGACGGACCGGGUGGUAUCUGCGCGUCUUGAAACCGGGUUUCAUACAGGCUGGUGAUCGUAUUCGAUUGGUACGUCGAAUUAACCCCAGAUGGUCGAUUAGCGAAGUGGGGAAAAUCCUCUGGGAGGAUCGAAAGAAUAUCGAGUCAUUGAAGGAACUCAGUGACCUGCCUGGGCUUGGCAGAGAGAUUGCACAGGUAUUUCGCCGGCGCCUUGCCACUCGAGAGGAUGAGGAUAUGCUGUUUCGUCUAAACGGCGAGGCGUCAAUGUGGGAGGAGCCAAGGAGUUGUGGAGCAGCCAGGACAGUGAACUUGGUCAUUCUUGUCAAAGUGUUUCUAUUCGUCGGGAUUGUGUUUGGCUUAUGGAUUGUACUGAGGCGGGUUGUGGUCCAUCUAGAGGUCAAGGAUCAUCAGGACAGUGUGAAUAGUGGACUGUGA